AUCAUACUAACCACAGGAAGUAGAUGCAGCAUCGCUCUACUAAAGCACUACUUUAGAGACUCAGACAGUUGUGAGCACGAGAACAAGAGACAGAAGAAGGAGAGAGACAGAGAAUCACGAUGGCUGAGUUCAAAUGGAUUUCUUUAUUUCUUAUAGCGGUGCUUCAGUUUACAGCAGCAGCUGAAAAACUUCCCCUCUCCUUCACUGUCAGAGUUGGAGAUGAAGUCACUUUGCCUUGUGAAAAUGUGAUAGACGGUCAGCAAAAAUGUGACGGUACUACAUGGCUCUUUGUUGGUUCAGGAAACACAGCAGUGGUAACACUGAUUGAUCUUGGGCAGAUUGUUGAAAGAGCCAAAGCUAAAUCAGACAGACUGAGUGUUACAGCGAGCUGUUCUCUGGUUAUAAAGAACGUCACAGUCGAGGAUGUUGGUCGUUACUCCUGCAGACAGUUCAGAUCAGGAGACAAACAAGGUCCGGACUCUGAGGUUCAUUUGUCUGUUGUUACCAUGACUGAACAUAAGGACCCUGAUAAGGUGACGUUAAACUGCUCUGUGUCGACAUUUGAACCAUGUGGACACACAGUGAAGUGGCUGUAUGCAAGUCAAGAUGUGGCUAAAGAUAACAAAGACUUGGUGACAUCACAGUCUCUCUGCAGUGCCUCUGUGAGCUUCCUGACUUCUCAUUACAUUCACACAUCGAGGUCUAACUUCCUUACAUGUGAAGUGACUGAUGGCAACAAAGUGCAGCUGUUUCCCUUCAGACUUCAGCCCUCAGGUGAUAAACCAGGUGAGGACACAACAACAGCAACAACUGAAUCAACAACAACUGAAAACAGCAGAAAAGCAGGUAUCACCACGACAGCGUCUGCAAUCAAUGAUGCUUCAACAGAACUACAAGGUUGGUGGUGGUUGUACAUCAUUGUGGCUGUGGUUUUAGCUGCACUCUUAGUAAUCGCUGUUGCUGUCAUCAGAUGGAAGAGAACUAAAGGGAACAAAACACGGAUGAAGGACAAUGUUGCUGAUCCUGAAGAUGGUGUUUCCUACGCCUCCGUCAGCUACACCAGGAAGACCAAGAACAGUAAAGCCCGGGUUCACUGUAAAAAUGAUGAAGGUGAUGCGGUGACCUACGCGGUCGUGAAAGCUUCCUCCGCUGAUCCCAGCAGCUUCUACGCUACCAUCAACUAACCAAACAAAUCAAACUCCUGCCAUCAGAGCUUUGCUCAUCUCUGUUAAUGUGCUUUAUGAUCAUUUUCAGGAGGGAUUAUUGUAAAAAAGCUUCUUCUUCAGAACGGGGUGUAGAAGGUGAACUAGUGGCACAAUGCACAACGGAGAAGGAAUAACUAAACAUUCAACUGUGAUCAAAAUUAUUCAACUCCAUAGCAAAUCAGGUUUAUUGUCAAAAUGUACAGACUUUCAGCUGUUUGCAUUGAACAAAUCAAACAAAAGCAUUUGAAAUAACUGAACACAACGAAUGCUUCCAGUGUUUCCCCAAAUUCAACUGAAAAAAAUGCAACUUAUGACAACUUGUCCAGUCUCAAAAUUAUUCAACCCCUUCAUGGCAAGCGGCUUUAGUACUUAGAGCUCCCUUUUGCUGUUAUGACCUGCUGCAAAUGAGAUGCAGAGCCAGACACCGGCUUCCAGCAGCGUUCCUGAGGAAUCUUAGCCCGUUCCUCAUGAGCAAUGAGCCUCCAGUUCAGGAAUAUUCUUGGGUUUGCGUGCUGCAACCGCCUUCUUCAAAUCCCACCACAGACUUUCUAUGGGGUUCAAGUCAGGUGACCGAUGGCCACCGUAGAAUCUUCCAGGACUUCUUCUGCAACCAAGCCUUGGUGGAAUUUGAGGUACGCUUGGGAUCAUUGUCCUGUUUCAAGGUCCAGUGACGCCCAAGCUUCAGCCUCCUCACAGACUGCAUGGCAUUUUCUCCUGGGAUUUACUGACACUUCAACAAAUCCAUCUUGCCUUCCACACGCUGCAGGUUUCCAGUGCCAGAGGAUGCAAAGCAGCCCCAGGGCAUCACCACCAUGCUUAACUGUGGGCAGAGUCUUCUGUUCAGCAUAUCCAUCGUGCCGAAAAGUUCCAGUUUUGUUUCAUCACGCCACAUAACAGAAUCCCAAAACCUCUGUGGCUUAUUGAGCAUAUUGGAGCCGACUUUUCUUGUGCCUUUGUGUCACUAUCGGUGUACGUCUUGGAGUUCUGGCAUGGAAACCGUCUGCGUUCAGUACGCGUCUUACUGUGCUCACUGAAACCUCAGUGCCUGUUGCCACCAAGUCUUGCUGCAGGUCUUCAGCAGUCACUUGAGGGUUUUUCACAACCUGCCUUCUCAGACAUCUGGUUGCAGCCGCUGAUAGCUUCCUUUUGCUGCCCCGUCCAGGUAGCAUAACCACUGUUCCUUGAACUUGCGAACUAUGCUUCCAACAGCGUCUCUAGGAACAUUCAGUGCCUUCGCUAUCUUUUUGUAUCCUGUUCCUUGUUUGUGAAGAGCGAUGAUCUCUUCUCUUAACUUUUUGGACCAUUUUUUUUGACAUGCAGUCAAAUGUGACACUCAACAAACCCCCAGCCAGUUCAGGUAUUUCAUGUGUUCCAGCUCAAGCACACCUGGUGCAACUAAUGAAGGCCUUGAUUAGUUGCAUCAGGUGUGCUUGAGACAACACCUGUUUUGCACAUUUGUGCUGAUGUGAGGGAUUCUAUUCAGUCAUUAUAAGUUGCAUUUUCAGUUGAAUUUGGGGAACCCACUUGAAGCAUUUGCUGUGUUGAGCUAUUUCAGUUGCUUUUGUUUGAUAUGUUCAUUGCAAACAGCUGAAAGUCUGUACAUUUUGACAAUAAACCUGAUUUGCAAUGGAGGUUGAAUAAUUUUGAUCGCAGCUGUAUAUGGGUAGUUGCUUAAAAUGUAAAUGAGCAUAAUAUAUGACACAUGUUGCUCGAUGAAUUUGCUGUCAUGCACUUUGUUGUGCUCAGUGAUGGAUGUGCUCAUCUUAGAUUAUAGUUCAAGGUUAAUAAGUAUAUUGCUCUUUUCAUUUUUUCUUUAUUAUUUCUUUCAAAUUGUAAAACUAUUAUCUCACUUUUUCUUUUUCUUCUGUCAUUAUUUUAUUGUUUUGUUCCCCUCCUCCUUUUGUAUGUACUUUAAAGUUUUAACAGUUAUUUACAUUUUCUGCUUUCUUUUCUUAACGUAUAGCACUUUGAGCUUCGACUGUGUCUUUUUUGUACUAAAGGUAUAAAGUUUAUUUUUACUGCUAUUACAAUCUACGAUUACACAAAUAUUAUUACAUGCUGGUUUUUAAGGCUGUUUCUGAUGAUCUUAAGAUUUGACUUUUAAACAAAAAGUGAAUUAAUUAAAUUUUAAGAUUUAGUCAUUUCCACCAGAAUCAUGCAUCUGUAAAUAAGUGUAGAGAAAGCUUAGAAACAACAUUAAGACCAUUAUGUAGGGAGUUAAAAGAAUAAAUAAAAUGUGAUUUUUAUAACAUACUGGGGUUCUGCUCUGGGUAUUUGGACUGAUGAGAUCAGUAUUUUUUAAACUGCUAGCCAUGGCCUAUGAGUUCCUGUUUUUUCUCAUUGAU